GAGUUAAGUACUGAGAACAAUUUUAUUUAGACAAUUCAAUGACAUUGUUUUAGUUAAAGCAAUAUAUAUAUAUGUUUUAUUGAAUGACUAAUAAAUACUUGAAAUGUUAAGUCGAUGAAUACGAUCGAACUUUUUUGCAAAAAUAUGAUAAAGUCCAUUAAGUGGCAACUGCAAUUUAUCAUUGUCAAGGGCAAUAAUAAUAUGACCAUAGUGAAUUUAAAAUUGACAGUUAGCUAACACUUAACAUCUGUCAUUUGUCAGUCGUUUUCAUUCAUCAAAGCUGAUGUACGUCUUAUAAAUUGAUGUUGCAAAUAUUUUGCGGAAUUAUUUUAAAAAGAUUUACCGGAAGGUAAUUGGAAUUUUCUAUAAGGGAAACUGAAAGCUACUAUAAAAUUAUCUAUAUUUUAGAAAUAUGUUUCUUCAAAUUUAAAGUGUUUUAUAUUUUGGAUGUAACUUUCUGCUUCCUGGGUUACCUAACAUUCGUAAAUAUUUAAAAAAAAAAACUUUAGGCUAGCUAAAAAAUCUACGGAAUACAGACGUACUGAUGAGUGUGUAACAUUAGCUUCACAAUGUCUAGUUGUGAAGUGGAUUUAUUUCGUGAUACAUGGGUUCGAUACUUAGGGUAUGCCAAUGAAGUGGGUGAAUCGUUUCGGUCACUUGUACCCGUCAAAGUUGUAAGGGCUAGCUAUGCUGUUGCAUUUGCCUACGCCUUUGCUGACACUGGGGAUAAAGGAUGGAAGAUGUAUCAGAAUGAUGGUAGACCAAAGAAGGUGUUAAUUGAAACAGGCGAUGCUCUGAUUUGGCAGACUUUGGCUUCAGUAGUUAUUCCAGGCUUUACAAUUAACAGGAUUUGUGCAUACACCAACACUUAUUUACAAAAGAAUGUUAAGCGUCUACCACCAACACCAAGAAGUUUGGUCACAGUAGCCGUUGGUCUGGCCUCAAUACCGUUUAUUGUACGUCCAAUUGACAAUGGAGUGACACUACUCAUGAAUCUCACUUACAGACGAUGGGUCCAUUGACAAUAAACAGUUUGACUUUUAAUUUUUGACUGUUAAAAACUUGAUGAAUGAUUUAAAUUUGAAUUUAAAAAUAUUCUAGUUAUUUAAAACUUUAAUAUCAUUUAUCAUACAUAAAAUACAGCAUAUUGUAUACUAUAUGCUGUAUUUUGUGCAUUUCGUUAGCAAUACAGCAGAUAUAAUAUGUCAAUGAUAAUUGAUAAUCGUUGUUUACAUUCAUUCCAAAUGUGGAUUGUGGAUAAUUAAAUGGAGAAAACCUUUGGCUCUGACAAAAAAUUGAUGUAGGUAAAAUUUUCUUUAGUCUGGCAAUUGUGUUUUAAGUGCCUUUAUAUAUUUUUGGAACAUUUCUUUUAUACCACAAUCACAUUAUGUUUUGUAACUAUUACAUAUAUAGUUACAAAACUAUACUUCAAAAUAUUUAAUGAUUGAAAAUUAUAUAUAGUGUAAUUUUAAAUGCAAUUAAUAAAAUCUAUUUAGUCUCACAUAUUAAGCAAUGACAAACAAACAAAUUGUUUUUCAUAUGACCAAAUUAACUCUGACACGUGAGCUUUAUCUUUACACUUUUUGUAGCGAUUUUAAUGAAAACAGCUUUGUCCAGUUACAUUGAUGGUAUACGCCUCAUUGAUAUAGUAGCGGCGCUGCGGCACCGCCAUCUGUCGGUUAGCGACGGCAACUCGCAAUCGUUUCUCUCAAAACAAUAAUUAAAUGAUUUGCAUACCACUAUACAUUUUCGAUUAUUGUUUAGUUUAACGCAAUAAGAAAUUAUUUAAGAGAUAAUAUGAGCUAAACAAUUGUCAAGUGCGGAUUUCAGAAUGUUUAUGCAGAAUUCUUUCGCGGAAAAUCUGUAUCGAAAUGUAAGUAAAGUAAAUACACGAAAAAUGAGAUCUUCUUUCAAAUUAUUAAAGUAAUCUUUAUGAAGAAAAAAAUAUUAAUUAAAACUAUAGGGCUACUAAUUAAAUAUAUAGGGUAGGGAUCAAAUAAUUAUUUUAAUUUCCUAUUUUCGUCUGGAAACGAAUAAAAAGUCAAUUUCCGAUUCCGAGAAAUAAUAAAAUUGGGAAAUUUUAAAACACACACUUUUAGAGAGCACUUUUUUAUAUUUUUUACUGAAAUAAUAACGUAAUCCCUUCAGCUCAUCACAGGCGAACAUCCGCAUGUUGCCUGAAUCUACCACAACGCCGCCCCACUAUAGAUUAAUAUAUCCAAGAGGCGUAUAGUGCGGAAAAUUGUCGCAAGUAUGUUUUCAUUAAUUUCACAAUAAUGCAAUCGAAUUAACCAUUAUAGUACAAACGCAAAAUGUAAAUUUGUUAUAGGGCAGUCUUAAAUCUACAGUUAACAUUACAAUUAUUACAAGUCUAAUUAUAAACUUAAUAAUUAGACCCUAAUAUAUGCCCCAGCCAUUUUUCUGUAAUUUUUCAUGAAUAAUUUUUUACGCAAGCAAAUUUUGUUGGAAAUUUAGUCCAAGUUUCUACCUGUUAACAAAAUCAUAUGCGGCGGUGUUAUAACAGACUGAUUUAAAUUGUUCAUUUGGUCCCCUUAAUAAUUAUUGGCUAAUAUAAUUUAAAUUUACCCAGUUUUUUAUGACACCUUCCAAAAACAUUUUGAAGAUCCUGACAAUUUGUCUUUACGUGCCAGUUAGUUAUUUAAAAUAUGUUUAUAAUAUCUUUUUAUGGUUGACUGGGGCUAAAUCGCCACUUUUGAAAUUAUUUAUUUGAAAUUUUUGAAAAAAAAAAAAUUAAUUAUUUAUUAGUUUAAUACUACUUGACUUGUUAUAUAUGCAGUUAUAGUUUUUGUUGUUAUUUAGUUUAGUAUAAUUUUAUUGUUGCUUGGUUUAGAAUCUUUAGGCUGUGAAAUAUUUCAAUGUUAUAGUCAUGAUUAUUUUAGUACGUUCUAUAUAGAGUUAUUAUUAAUUAGGAUUUUCAGGGUUUUACUAAAAUAUUUUUUUAAUUACUGAGAUAUUUAUGUUCCAAAAAUUUAGACUAUUCUUCAAUCUGCUCAAAUUUAUAUAAUUUGUUGCUAAUCUAUUAUACUAGGUUUAUACAUAAUACAAAUUAAAUGUGCCAUGUAGUUACUACUCGAUAAUUAUUUUGUACGAAAAACGCACGUAAAAAUAUUCCAUUGUUGAUGUUAAUAAAAAUAUUAGUGACAAAA